AUGGACACAGGAGGCGUAGUGAACGCGCUUGAAAAGUUGGGGACAACCGCUAGGUGGCAACGCAAGAGCGAUAGGCCAGAUAGCGAAAAGGACACCACCAAGUGGUGCAGCUACCAUGGCGACCACGGUCAUCGUUUGGAAGACUACAAUGCCCUCAAAAAAGAAGUAGCUUGGCUGCUGAAGAAAGGUUACCUUGAGCACCUCAUGGGAAAGAAGGGUCAGCAAGGAGAUAAGUCUGGCAAUAGCCAGAAACAACCAUGUCCUCCACCCGAACCUACACAUGAUAAGGUAAUUAAUUCCAUCUCUGGUGGAUCAGAAAUAUGUGGACUAACCUACUCUGUAGCUAAAAGGUUCGCCCGAGAAGGUUCCAAAGCUGUACCAAAGCAGCGCGGGAGUAUAGAGGAGAAGAAGCUCCAGAGCAUGAUCAUCAAUUUUGACGAAGAAGAUGUAGAUGAAGAAGCUGACCAUCAUGACGGUCUCGUCGUGUCCCUCACCGUCAGCAACUGUUUGAUGAAGAGAGUGCUGAUAGAUAAUGGCAGCUCAACUAACAUCAUGUUCAGAAAUGCCCUUGAAAGUAUGGGGCUGCAGGAGGCUGAUAUCAUCAAGAAGGCGACCAUCCUAUACAGAUUCAAUGGUGAGUCAGCUAGAACACUCGGAGCAAUCACAUUGCCCACCUAUGCAAAAGGGGUCAACCUCCAGACAAAAUUAAGUGUAGUAGAUUGUCCCUCAGCAAACAACAUCAUCAUGGGGACGCCGUGGAUUCACAAGAUGCAAGUUGUGCCUCCCACAUAUCAUCAAACUAUCAAAUUCCCUACUAAAUGGGGAGUGCAAGAAAUCAAAGGCGACCGCAAGCUGGCAAGAGAAUGUUAUAACAUAUCCCUCAAAGCAAAGAAAGAAGCCAGCUAG